CAUCGACGCCGUUCUCCUCUCCCCGACAUCGCCCCUAGCCCAGCUCCGAGCCCGCUCCUCGAUUACAGCCGCCAAGAUGGGUGACCUCCCCACGACCUUUGACAAGCCCGUCCAUAUUGCCGUCAUUGGCGGCACUGGUCUUGGCCAGCUCGAGGGUUUUGAGCCCAUCGCCGCCCUCAACCCCAUCACACCGUGGGGUGCUCCCGCGUCGCCCAUCCAAAUCCUCUCCCACAAGGGCGUCAACGUAGCCUUCCUCGCCCGCCAUGGCAUCCACCACCAGUUUGCCCCCCACGAAGUCCCCAACCGAGCCAAUAUCGCUGCCCUGCGGCAUAUCGGUGUCCGAUGCGUCAUCGCCUUCUCCGCCGUCGGUUCGCUGCAGGAGGAGAUCAAGCCCAUGGACUUUGUAGUUCCGGACCAGGUCAUCGACCGCACAAAGGGUGUCCGCCCCUUCACCUUCUUCGAGGGCGGUGUUGUUGGACACGUCGGCUUCGCCGAUCCCUUUGAUGCGGGCCUUGCCAAAGUGGUCAAGACGUGCGCUGAGCAUAUGGAGGGAGACGGCGUUGUCUUGCACGAGAAGGGCACGGUCAUCGUCAUGGAGGGACCCCAAUUCUCAACCCGCGCCGAGUCGCACAUGUAUCGAUCGUGGGGUGGAUCGGUUAUCAACAUGUCAACCCUUCCCGAGGCGAAGCUCGCCCGCGAGGCUGAGAUGGCCUAUCAGGUGAUUGCCAUGGCCACUGACUAUGACUGCUGGCACUCUUUCGAGGAUGUCAACGUCGAGAUGGUUGGAAAGUACAUGAAGGCCAACAGCAAGAACGCCAAGCGCCUAGUGGGAGCCGUCCUGGACCGUCUUGCCGACCUCGACAACAGUGACUUGGUCCUGGCCAAGCACUGGCAGGGUGCGUCCCAGGGCGCUGUCAAGUUUAUGACCAAGCCCGAAGGCCGGGACCCCGAGGCGAUGAAGCGUGUCGAGUACCUCUUCCCUGGCUUCUGGGAGGAGUGAAGUAGGAGCUGGGAUUGGCUAGAGUUGAAGAAACGCCAGACUUCUGGCGUUGAUGAUCGGGCGUUAUGGGUUCAGCGGCAGAGAAAACAUGGAUGUCUGGCAUGACUUGAAGUGAAACCACCUACCUCAACUGUGGUGGCGGCUGGGAAUUAGAUUAUAGAGGAGAUCCUUGUGCAUAGACGUUGAGGACUUUCGGGAUCCAAGGCCGGACUUUUGUUUCUGAAAA